CAGAGUGCAAGAAGUGUGGACAUACUGAUCGCAUCUCACGCAAUAGAUCCUGAUCUCCAUUCAGAAUGAUAGACAGUGUAGACUGCGCAUCUGCCAAAGAGCAAAUUGGGCAACAUAUAUGGAGAGCAUGGACUUCUUCCUUGAUUCUUCUUUGCUCCAUUCCACCGAGGACAGCAGCUGGUGAAAGUAUACAGAAUUCUACUCUCAGAUUCAGUCAUGCUUCUUGCCAUAUUUAUGACUGUAUGGGCAUUGUCUACCGCCAUGGUGAGCAGACGAAUCACCCAAGCCUUAUAAAGAUACCGGGUGGUUUGAAUUGACAGAUCAUAGACAUGGGGACUUGUAAUUCACCAAAGGGAUUCAGAGUCGUGGAAUGGUCAGCUGGUAUGGCACUGCAAACGACAACUGCUUUCUAGAUAAAGGGGGGCUGACCAAUGCCAGGAAC